GCAAACUAAGACAACAAACAAUAUUAAUUGCAAUUGUGCUUCAAUGUGGAAAAUUGAAAGGUACAAGCUGCGUUUGUGGGAUUUUGAUUGUUCUACAAUAAAAAUGGCUUCUAAUCUGCAGAAUUUUAACCACUCUAUGGCCAAGGUUGAAACUGAAAAAAAUUGUGUAACAAUUGGCGAACCCAAAAAUGUUCUGCAAAAGUUUUUGAAAGUGUGUGUGAAGGAAGCAUAGACAGCGUAAUAUCGAUGAUCCAGAACUGUCUUGUUGAUGAGAACAUGAGGUUUGUGGAUCCAUUCAUUCUGCAUGAGAAACAGGAGUACCAUUCUUGGACUGCCCUGCACAUCGCUAGCAGGAAGGGCAACAGCGCCCUUGUCAGCGCUCUGUUGUCACUGGGCGCCAAUCCUUCGUUUGAGGAUAAAAAGGGGGAGAAUUCUUUGCAUGUUGCAUGCAAAUACGGCCAUGAUAAGUGCGUAAAAAUCCUUCUUGCGGAAAACGUAAUGUUGAAAGACAAGCAGAAUAAGCAGGGACUGACGCCGUUGUGUAAAGCUUUGUUUCGAUUAGAGACGGCAUUUCGGGAGAAGGAUUACUAUAAAACUAUUGACUUGCUCAUAGAUGCCGGUUGUGAUGUGAACUUGUGCGCAGCAACCAACAUGACCCCGUUGCACCUGGUGGCCAAGAAAUGGAGCAGUGUGAAGGUCAUUAAGAAGUUGAUUACUGCUGGAGCUGAUGUAAAUGCUGAAACUGAAGAAAGUAGUCCACUGAUGUCUGCUCUCUGUCGUGAGAAAAUAGAUUCAGCUACUGUGGCUGUGCUUAUUGAAGCUGGAGCAAAUGUGAAUUAUAAAAAUCGUAGCGGUAAAUCUGUUCUUCAUGUGGCAGUUGCGAAAAGUGAAGACAUCUGUGUUCAGCAUUUGCUUAAAGCGGGGGCAGAUGUCAACAUAUUGGACUGCGAUGGCAAUAGCCCUUUGUGUAUAGCUGUUGAUGAGAACAUUAUAAAGAUCGCACCACUGCUGUUGGCCCAUGGAGCAAAUGUGAAUUACACUGAUCGUAAAUCUCAGUGGUCUUAUCUGUUUCAAGCUACAUUUAUGACACACAAGCCAAUGGCUAAGCUGCUUCUUGAACACAAUGCUGAUGUUAAUUUCACGUUUCCUAAAACGAACACACCGUCUACGCUUCACUUUGCCGUACUCUACGGUGAUAUGGAGUUCACGAAAAUGCUGCUGCGAAAAAACUGUAAUUUUAUAUAUGAUAAGUUCUCUGAUUCGUGUUUUCGAAAUCAAAAAAAUGUUCUUCAAGUUGCGAUGUUUAAAGGGAAUGCAAAAAUGAUAAAACUGUUGUUACGAGCGGGGUUCCCUCUAGAUGGUGGGCAUGUUAAUUUAGAGGACUUGGUGGCUGCAGUGCAAAAAGAUGCUGACACAAUGGAAUGGCUUAUGGACUUCAUUCACAAUCCUCAGUCAUUGCUGCAUCUGAGUCGAAUGAAGCUGCGACGGAUGUGUGGUAGCGACCUUGAUAAGAUAAAUGAUAAGCUUGUGCAGGCGGGUUAUACACCUAGAACAUUGGCGGAAAAAAUCCUCUUAAAAGACGUCCUUGAUGAAGAAGAUUAAUUCCAAGACUUUUAAUAUUGCUGUUAUUGUUAGCUUCCCUGAGCACAACGUGCUCAUGGUGAGCUUUUGUGAUCGCCUUUUUUCCAUUGUUCGUCGUCUGUCGUCAACAUUUUCCUUCUUUAAACUCUGAAGGCCGUAUUUAUUGCCAAAUCUUCAUGAACCUUGUUUGCCUAAUGAUACCUUGGAAGAGUUCAAAAAUGGUUAUGGCAGGUAGAAAAACAUGGCUGCCAGAGUUCGGAGUGUUUUUCCUUAUAUGGCUAGAGUAAAACCUUGUUAACACUCUAGAAGUAACAUUUACUGUCCAAUCUUCAUGAAACUUAGUCAGAACAUUAGUUCUUAUGAUAUCUUGGAUGAGAUAGAAAAUGGUCUGUUAAAAAACAUGGCCACCAGGGGGCAGAAUAUUCUUACUUGUAUGGCUAUAGUAAAACCUUAUUAACACUCUAGAAGUCACAUUUUAAAUCCAAUCUUCUUGAAACUUGGUCAGAACAUGUGUCCACUGUCCAAGUGAUAUCUUUGAUGAGUUCGAAAAUGGUUCCGAUUGGUUGAAAAACAUGGGCACCAGGGGGCGGGGCAGUUUUCCUUAUACAUGUAUGGCUAUGGUAAACUUUAUUGACACUAUAGAGGUCACAUUUAUUGUCCAAUCUUCAUGAAACUUAGUAAGAACAUACGUUCUAAUGAUAUCUUGGAUUAGUUUAAAAAUAGUUCAGGUCUGUUAAAAACAUUGCCCCCAGGGGGCAGGGCAUUUUUCCUAAUAUGGCUGAUGUUAAACCUUGCUAACACUCUAAAAGUCACAUUUUUAGUCCAAUCUUCUUGAAACUUGGUCAGAACAUUUGUUUAAAUGUUAUCUAGGCUGAGUUCAAAAAUCAUUCUGUUCUGUUGAAAAAAAUGGGGGCGGGGAUUUUCAUUACAUGGCUAUAAUAAAACCUUUUUAUCCGACCAGUUAAGUUAAGUAUAUAGUCCAAUCUUUAUGAAACUUGUUUAAAACAUUCUAAUGAAAUCACAGCCGAGAUUGAAACUGGGGUCAUGUGAACUCACAAACUAGGUUGCUAGUUAAAAUAAAAAGCAAACAUUUUAAUACUCAAUAAAUUACUUUGUUUGCAAUUUUCAUGAAUUGGCUCGCAUUUUUCAGAGUAGUCAAGUUCCUUUGGGUCUCAGGUGAGCCUUAGGCCCCUCUUGUUUUGCUUUAACAAUGUGUUUUUCUGUUGUGUAUUUAUUUAUUUUUUUUGUUCAAUUACAGUAUGAAUUAUUUAGCAUGCACAAUUUUCAUAAAAUGUUAACAACUUAAUUGAAUUAUUUAGUAUUUGGUUAGUGUAUAUGUAAUCAGAAUCAAAAUACUGUAGGAAGAUUUAUUAUACUGUGAAAUUCUGGUUGUUGUUAUGUUAAAAAUAGAAGAAGAAAGCAUAAUUGUAAGUAGAGCUCAGUGUGUCAUUUAUGAUCAUGAAAUUCCAUGAAUUGGAUAUUGUGAUAUAGUUUGUGAUGUUAAAAAAGUUAAUGAAGGCAAUAAUUUAUAUACACAUGAAUAAUCAAUUAUAAGUCAUAUGAAAGGAUAUUUGCAUGAUUAUUUCCUAAAAAUAUUGUUUUACAGUAAAUAACUUACUCUUAUUCAAAGAUAUAGGAACAUUUUUUUCCUGCAACAAAAUCAUUUAUGG